AUGCCGCCCCGCGCCCAGCGCCGCGCCGCCGCCGCCGCUCCGCUCCGUCUGCGGGCCCCGCCGCCGCGCUCCGCCGGCUUAAAGCCCCGACCCGCUCGGCGCUCCGGAGCCCCACCCCACCCGCCGCCCAUUGGCUGCCCGCGGAGCCGCCUCCCGCCCCCCGGCCACGGCCCCCGCCCCCCGCGUCCGCCUGCCGCCCGGCCCGGCCGCCCAGAGCUCGCCAUUGGGCCUCGCUCCCGGGUGCCGCUGACGGCGGGCCGGGAUUCCCGCGGGUCUCGGCGGCUGCGAGCCGGAGGCGGCGCGGGUCCCGGCUCGGUUCCGGCGCGGCUGCUCGCCUCGGCCGCCUUGCCUCCCGCGGCUUCAACCCAGCGUCGCAACUCCGCCGACCUACGCGGCCCCGAGAGCGCGUUGGGUGCGGGUGGAGUCGGACCAGCCCUGGCUUCCCGCCUCGUGCGGGUUCCCCUUCUUCCGGACUCCGCGGACCAGCUCUUUGAGGGCUCCUUGAAAGAUCCUGAGUGGACGUGGACCUCAGUGCAGCUACUCUGUGCCUCUAAGACCAACACUGGGCUGGAGGCCAAGUGGAAUUCCAGGGCCCUGGGGUCCCAGAUCACAGAACUGAGCUAG